UUGUCUACAAAAUCUUUGGAUGAUAUCUUUUCUUUAAGAAAAUGGUUUAAAAAGCUGAUUCUGAUGUUAUAUCGUUCAAUAUAAGAGAUUUUCUUCUUAUUAAUUUAAAGAGUGUAUAAAUAGAUAUUUACGAGUUAAUUUUCGAAAUAAAAAAAAAUCGAACCAAAUGUACAUCAAUAAUAUCAGUGUGGAUCGUAAAAUUCCGUUCGGCGACUCUAAGAUAUCUUCAGCUAAAAGCGACGAAGAACCCAUCAGAAUCGCUUUAUUAGUUCACCGUGUGCAAUUUCCAAGGUCAAACUCUGACCUCAUCAUUACCCAACGGUCACGCAACACUUCGGCCCUUAAGGAAUCUGAAACACAAUACAUCAAAACGGAGUUUGAAAAGGCCAUACCGAGAGCUGGUUUCAUUCCCCAGCCUAUUCAACACCCCUACAGCAGACCCAAAGUAGGCUCUUCUCAGGUGGGUCGGAAUGCGAAACACAUGCAGUUCCUCAGAAGCUCCCCUUCCCUCGCAGAACUCAACAAGCAGAUCAGGCGAAACGAGUUUGCAAAAAGUACCCGAUGCAGGACUGCAGCACCUCGAAAUGUCACAAGUCUCCCCAAAGAAGAGAAAAUUGAACUUAGAAAGCUCGAGGAUCUGUUCCGCGUUUACAAGGGCAACCGAGAUCUGAUCAAACAAAUCUUUCCCUCCGCAUCAUCAGCCGGCGGGACUCCGGAGCCACAUGACGUGUCGAUGACCUCACAGAGGUCAAGCACCAACUCACCUGUCCUCAUUGCACCUUCUAGACAGAGCGUCCUAAACAAUCCUCUGCAAGUCAUCAAUUUCCAGGAAAAAGGGCGUGCCAAGAGUGCAGUGACACAGGACACCAUAAGACUGCGAAACAGACCCCCUCUGGCCCAUCUGAAUACGAACAGUCACGUCCCAGUGCCCCUUUAUGCACCCCCUUCGUCCACCCCCAGAAAGGGAAACCCUCACAAUCCAGCUGCAUACGUGCCUCAAACUAUGGCUCCUUAUCUGUAUGGAAUUAGAGGUCGACCUGUGAAUGCUUCUGAGAAACAGUACCCAGUCUCAAGGUCAAGUCAGACGAACCUAGGUGAACCCAAGUCAUCUCUGACGUCCCUGCGUAGAUCGCACACAACCAUGGGGAAACUCAGAAGAAUGGAAGCACCCUUGUAUCCACCAAUGGUUCCACCAGCGACUCCUCAAAACGAUUCCUCGUCAAGACUCCCGAACCCAUCCAACAUGACCACGACAAAUACCUCGUUGUCUCGAGGACUUGUUGGAGAAUCACUCGACCUGAACGCUCCUCUCGAAUCAAAACAAGUUCCGAAAUCAAUGAAUGACGAAGCAGCCGAGAGCCAACAAACAACUUCCCCUCGACAGGGAUUUACAAAGCAACAAUCGCACGUUCGAUUUCUAUUGGAUGACGAAGUGGAACAGAAGGCGAGGAGAAACGAAGAGGUUCAGGAACAGAAAAAAGCUCCAGAACACAGCCAAGAGUCUUUGACCAAUGAGCAGCCUACGUUUUCGAAUGAGGACGAAAAAUCCGAUAUCGAUUCAAUUGAGGGGUACUCAAAUAGAGAUCAGAAUAUGGGCUUGAACCAAACUUCUCAACCGACCAUCACCUCACGAAUUGAAUCAGGAGCAUCGCUACCCGUGGAAGUGUACGAUGUGAAAAAACUUUAAAGACAACGAACAAAGUCUGAAAGUCACUGUUUGAAUGAGUUGUAUAAACAUGCCUGGAAUUGAACGUCGCCUGAACAAGCUCUACGGAAUCAUUUCUUUAGAAAAUGAAGAGUUUUUACUCGCAAUUAGUUUCUCUUUUGUUUUGAUGAUUUUAAGAUUAAUUACUUAUUAGGUCAAUUUUUCACAGAUAAAAGAUUAUUCGCUAAUUUUCAAAUGAGUAGUUGUCAAUACGGAGAUUACAAAAUAAAAAUUAUCGUUUUUUGAUGAAUUUGCAGACCAUUAAUUUUGACUCUACAAUCAA